AUGUUCCACACUUUUGAAAGUUUCGAGAAUCCGACAGCAGCGACUCCUGUCAAAACUCGCCCCGCAACCGAGCGCCGCGAGUCAGUCAGUCGCCGUGUUACAACCUUACGCGCAUGUACAUCAUGUCGACAUCGGAAGAUUAAAUGUGAUGGCGAAAAACCAUGCGAGGCAUGUCGGUGGUAUAAGAAAGCAGAUCAGUGUCAUUACUCUGACCCAAGGCCAUCCAGAAGGCAUGUUGAGAAGCUUUCCACGACUUUGGAUGAAUAUCGCAGCAUUCUGGGGAGGCUCUUUCCCAAUGUAGCCCCCGAGUCCCUUGUCAAUCUGUCACGGGAAAAACUACUUGAACUCACAUCAGCAUUGCCGUCAAACUUGCCGGCACAAAUUAAUACGCACCAUGCCGCUUCACCUUCCACAUCGGGUUCCAUGGAGGCCCAUGUAUCUCCACUGUCUAAUGAAGAUGACAACCUUGAGUCUCUUCAGAGCAUGCCAGAGGAACUAGACGAUGGCCGCCAUGGUCAUUCUAGCUUCUUAGUUGAAGGCGUCUCUGAUGAUGUCAACGCAUUGUCUUUGUCGUCCAGACAGCCUUCAUCCUAUCUAGGGGUAUCUUCUAUUCAGGCCGUUCUCAAAGUCAUUCUCUGGCUCGAUCCAGGAUGUGCCUCCUUCUUUGCUCGAACGCCAGCGGUCCAUCCGCGCGACGAGGUGGAUCUUGAAUAUGAUCCCCAAAACGCAUGGCCUCCUCAGCCGCCAGUAACUCCGCCCCCACCUUCUAUUCCACCGAGUGAAAUGCAGAUGCUCGAUGCGUAUUUCUGUUAUUUCCAAGCAUUUGCUCCGAUGAUCGAUGAGAGGUCAUUUCGAGAAUCUUAUAUGACUGGCCAUCGGAAGGAUGACCAUUGGCUGUCACUGCUGAACAUCGUUUUAGCACUGGGUAGCAUCGCUGCCACAAGUCCAGAUGAUAUGACGCAUCAGACCUACUUCCUGCGCUGCAAGAGCCACUUGAGCCUUAGUUCACUGGGCAGCUCUCACAUUGAAACUAUUCAAGCUUUCGGCCUCAUUGGUGGUUGGUAUUGUCAUUAUAUCAGCCAGCCGAAUCUGGCUUAUUCCGUGCUCGGUGCUGCAUUGCGAAUGGCAGCCACACUGGGAUUGCACAAAGAGUUUUCAGAGAGUCGACAAGCUCCCGGUCAUGUGAAGCUUGCCUCCGUGGAUCUCAAGCGUCGAGUCUGGUGGUCACUGUUUGUCAUGGAUACGUGGGCAGGUAUGACAUUGGGCAGGCCUAGUAUGGGUCGCUUUGGUCCUUACAUCACUGUCAAGCCACCAAAUUGCCGAGAUAAGGAAAAUUUUCUCGACAUCCUCCCGCUUGUAGAAAACAUCCGCUUCGCCAAGAUCGCAACGCAAGUCCAAGAGUCUCUAGCUGCUGCGCCACUAGUCAAGCAUCAGGAAAUGGCUCAUGCCGAUGCUCAACUCCUUGAUUGGUGGGAGAAUCUUCCACCCAUUCUCAAAGACCAUGAACCGUGCACGGAGUCGAUUAGUACCGUUCGCACCGUCAUGCGAUGGCGAUUCUACAAUCAGCGUAUGCUUAUUUAUCGUCCUACACUGCUGAGCUAUGCCAUGCGCCGUGUGCCAUACAUUGCACUCCGAGUUGAAGAGCGCACAGCAAUCGUCAAAUGUCGUGAAGUCGCGGAGCUCUCUAUACAAAAUAUCGCAGCUACAGCACAGUUCAACCAGCUGUGCGGCUGGAAUGCCGUCUGGUGGACUUUCCAAGCAUCCUUAGUACCCCUAGUGGGGCUAUUCCUCAACGACCCCACCACAGACGAUCCUCGCGCCUCGAUUGAAUCUUGUCAAGCGCAGGUUGAGACUGCCAUGACCACCCUCGCGCGGAUGUCAGCAUAUGGUCAUACUGCAAAGCGAUCCCUGGAUGCCGUGUCGCGGAUCUACGAGGCUAGCAAACGUGGUGAUGACUUGGCUACAUCCACUGCAGGAAUUAUCCCAACGAUCAUGUAUCCUGCCGGCCGGGACUUGAACUCCCUUUUCUCGCUACCUGAAUCUGCGCGUCUGGGAAUGGCGUUGAGUGAAAGCGGGAUUUCGGAUCCUCUUUCUGCCCCAUUCAUUGACGACUCUGGUCAAUAUCUUUGGGAAUACCUGAGCUGGAGUGACAAUAAUCUCUGGCCUGGGAUGGACCUUGAUAAUCGUGGCGAUGCCAUGGCUGUCUUGACACCGGACCAUGACAAGGGCUCUAAGUUUGCGGCGCAGCCAUAUUUCGAACCCUUUCCAGAUUCAUAUUUUGGCAAUCAGCCUUCUUAUUACUGA